UGGAUCAUAGGCAAGGCAAUUUUUAAUCCAUGACUUGACAAAUGAUUUACCUGUCAAAGACAUUCUGGACGCAGUCAACAUUUUGUUAUUUAUUGUGAUAGUCAUUGAAUUCAAAUUACGUAAACUUCCAGUGCUGUGAAUAUUGUUCCAAUUUACGAAAUGUGAAAGUUAAAAAAAUUAGGCAAUUAAUUUUUUAAAGCAUAGUUAAAAUUACAUGUGGAAGAUUGAAAACGUCAAUUUUUUAAUGUAAAAAAUGUGUAAGAAACCGUAUUUGUGAAUAUUUUUGGAAAGUGAGGCUGAAUUGUUAACUGCAUCAGAAGCAUGUUAUGAUGGCCUUUCAUCCUUUGGUCAGUUCAACUCCACCACCUUUGGAUAACUUUAGAGAAUCGGAUGACGAUGAAUUUGGAGAUUUCGCAACUGGUGGAUUUGAUGAUUUAUCGAUUGCCUCUGAUUCGCCACAGAAGAUCGUAACUCCGAUUGAGACCCCAAUACCAUCAGUCUGUGCUUCACCCAAGGUAAAUGGUACAAUUGGGAACAUCACUUGCCAAAAUGCAAUUCCAAAGAAACAAGUUACUUCCAAGUCGUUGAAAAAUGAGGACAUUCUUAUAGUAGAGGAAACGGAAAGCGCAGUGAGCAAUGUUACUUUAGAUAAUAGGACAGAUAGUGGUUUAAAAGAAGACAAUGCCUUGAGAAACAGCCGUGUUUUGUGUAGCGAUUUAGAUUUAACAGAAAGCGAACAGUCGCAAACUCUCCAAAGAAAUAGCGAUAGGUUUCUCUGUUGCGUUUCUCUUAGCAGUGGGUUAGAGGAAAGAGAUUUUGUUACCACCGAUGUAGUGAUUAGUAGUAAUAAUAGUAGUUUAGAUGAUAGUGUCAAAACUGUCAGUCAACGGGAGGAAGAAGAGACUCUCAGCAGUCAUGAAGAUCAAGAGCCACUUAGUUUAAUUCUUGAUGAUCCUGCUAGUAUCCCGGACUUGCAACAAAAUUUGGAGGAUGACUUUUACGACUACACAUCCUAUAAAAACUCUCUGGAAAAUGACAAUGACAAUGAAAAGACAGGGAAUCAUCAAGAUGAUAAUACUUUUGCAAGUACCGAAUUCGUUGCUGAAUGUCAUAAAACUAUUCAAGAUGAAGAUAAGCUUAAGAAAACUCUUUCCGCCUUAAUAAUUUCCUCAGAAAACUCAACUUUCGAGGAAAUUCGACAGGAUUUCUCCUACUUAGAUAGCACUGUCAUUCAAGAAUCAAACUGUCACUCUACCUCUGUAGAAAGCAAAGAUCAGAAUUUAGUUUUGCAGAGCGAACCGGAGUUGAGCGGUUCCCUGGAAACGGAACAAUCAAAAAGUAUUAAUGAAAAUGCUGUCAAUCAAACUCUAGAGAGUUGUUGUGAUGGUCCAUUGAAUGAAGUAGACGAAUACCGAAAAAGAGAUUGUGUGAGAGUAGAAGAUAGUCUGCAGGACUCAGUUUUCAUAGAGGCAAAUAGCUUAGUAAAUGAGUGCAAUUCAAGUCACAUUCCGGUUAAUUCUACUAAUAUGAACCUGAAUUCUGAAGACUUUUCCGAUUUUGCAGACUAUUUAUCGAAGGAGCAAUGCUUCAGUGACGAGAAAUUUACUGAAUCUCAAUCGGAAGUGCCGAUCGAAGAAGAUUCUGCCUUUGGAAAUUAUCAAACAGUAACUGAUGAUGUUCAAGAAUUUGGUGAUUUUGCUGAUUUCUCCAGCACACAGGUGGAAUAUACUUCUCAAGAAAAUAACGAAUCCUUACCUGAUAGGCUAGAAGAUGAUUUUGGAGAUUUUGAAUCCAACACCGUUUCAUCAACUAGUUCAUUAAAUUUGAAAGAAUCCAUUUCUCGGAUAGAAAAUAAGAGCGCAUCAAACAAGAUAGAAGAUAUAAUUACCAUUAUGUUUCCUUUGAGUGGCGAAGCUCAAAACAUUGACUUAAUACCACUGAUUGUCGAAGAUGAUGAUAUCUGGAAUUAUUUGAAGAGCGUUGAAGAAACUAAUGCUCUCACUUAUCAAUGGUCAAACAGCUCCAGUAAUAAUGCUCUUCUUAGUUCUUUAGGAAUUGAUUCUCGGAACAUUUUGUUUGGACCAAGAUGGAAUCCAAAUAUUCCAAGAUUUGCAGCUAAUCUAGGUUUUUCUCCUUUAGAGCCUGUGAAAGCUCACAAUGAUUCACAACAGAUUUGCUCGUCCAAUUCAGGGAAAACUAAAAAUGCGACUUUUACAGAGGAAGUACCAGCAGCUCAAUUCGAUUGGAACAGUGCAGGUCUUAUAAAUCCUUUGGAUUCAAGUGGUGGUUUGUGUGCUCUUUUGCCACUGGAUUUACUUUGUCCAUUUGAUCCUCUACUAACACCGCAUUGUUCCGCACAUUCCGAAUCCUAUCAUCACGACGCUACUUGUUCUGGAAUCUCAAUAUAUAACUAUUCAGCUGAAGUAGGUCCUGAACAAGAUUUCAAACCUUCGCAAGGUGCAAAAUGUCGACAGCCAAGUACGAAUGCUAACCAGUUUGAAACCCAGUCAGAAUCUUUUAAAAUUGUUGGAGCUUUGCCAGGACCAAGUUCUACUGCGAGAAAGAAAAUUGAUGUAGACCCAGUGAAGAGCAAAGUCUCUCAGAAGACAUCAAAAACUCCAUCGAGUUUUAACGAUGGUCGACCCUUCCUGAUAAGCAACACGAAUAUUCCGUCUGGCAAUCUGAGUUACGGUAAAGCAGAAUUUCAUAAGCAGGAACACCAGAGGAAGUCCUCGAUAAGCAAACGGAAACACUCGAAUGGAGAAAAUGUGGUCAUGGAUAGAUUCGGCAGGCCGAUGACUGUUCGACCGGAAACAGUGAAUGUUCUGAAACAGUUACCUGACAUUUCAUUCCUUAGUGCGCGAACGUUGCUUUUCAGUCCCGACGAGAGACACAUGGUGCAAGACUUGGGCGCUAUGAUAAAUCGAAAAAUGCCUGGCUGAGUAACGUCGGUCUGAAUAUGAGUUUGAAAGGGCUAUCAACGAAAUUCUACAACAUAUUCAGAAAGACAUUAAAACAGGACACGUACAUCAACGUUCCCACUGACCGACAAAAUCAAAAUCCUUUGACUCCUACUACCUUUCAAACUUGUGUUCAGGCCAAAUUUUCAUCUUGACUCUAUUAAAGUUCAAUAACUUGAAUUAUCCUUCAAACUUGUGUUCAGGCCACCUUUCAAAUUGCCUUUCUCAUUGACAAAAGUCAGGAGGAAAAUUCAUGUUUCACUUCUAAAAAUUUACAUUCCGGCAAAUGGAAUUUUAUAUUUCAAACGAUGAAGUAGCAUUUUUAUGAAUGAAGCACUUUAAUAUUUCCUAAAAAUUUCAUUUCAAGAAAAUUUCAAUAAAUUAAAUAUUGCUAAAUAAGAAUAUUUUUAAAAAAUUGAGAAAGCCAAAAGAAUGCAAAGAAAAUAAUGUGAAGCAUCUAAAAAUCCAUUUCAGUUCUUUUCUAAAUAAUUUUUCUUCAUUGCUGGACAGAAUAUUUUUUGUUUUGUUGUUCUUUAUUAAUCAAUUAUUAAAUUAAACAACCUGUCUUGUUCUGAUAUUUAAUUAUUAUUUAAACUUUCUGUUUCAUGAUAAAUUGUUUUUCAAGAAAUAAUUGAAAUUUAUAAAAGAUUUUCUAUUUAUUGCAGAUACUUAAAUUACAAGUGUAGAAUAAUGAUAAAUCUUUUGCUUUACGUUAUUUUGGCUUCAAAAUUCCAAGUUCUCUUCUGUAUGGAAAUUUAAAGAAAUUCAAAAUUCUAAGUCUUUGAAAACUGAUCUGUUAAUUUUUCAGAAAUUUAUAAAAUGAAAUGUAGUUGGCUUUUUACAAAUGUUCAAUCACAGAUCAUACAAUCAAUAAUGAAGGGAACUUAUCAUCACUAAUUUAUACUCAAUCGUAAGUCAAUUAAAUAAUAAAAUUAUCUAAAAUCAUUUUCAUGGCACAUUAAAUUUAAUUUCUACUAAUAAUUUUUCAUUUUGUGGUAGCAAUGUUUAGCAAACUUGGCGAUAUUUCGAAGAAAGGAUAAUUUAAAAAUUUGUUUAACAUCAUCAUUAUUGGUAGUUUUUUAGACGAACUAUAAUUUACAAAUCUUUGUAAAUGGCAAAUAAAUUACUUUUUGUUAUACCUAAUUAUAAACAACUUUAAAUAUUGUUACUUCAGUUUGAUAAAAAUUCAUUUGUUUCCCUCAUUACACAAAAUUGUAAGAACUUUAA